GUUAGUGCCGGAAACGGGUUCUCGGUUCUCGCGCUGCGUUAUUCGCUGCGGUUUUUUUGCGCGAAUAGCUAACAAAUAAGCCAAACUGAAAGAAAACAAAAGACAAGGGUAUUCCCAAAAACAAAAACCGAAAUCUUAAAAAAUAAUAAUGAUAACGACACUGUAACAAAUAAGAAACGUACAUAUGUAAAUGUCAAAUAAGUUUGCAAACAAUAACAUCUCUAAAGCCGGUCGCAACAUUAGUAGCCUUAGUUAGCGGAGUUAGCGGGUCAAUGACUGUUAGAAAUUGAAAAUUAAUUACGCUGAGUACAACGGUUUAGCCGCCGACGCCGUGGGCGGUAUAAAGUUGCAUCGGCACCUAUUCAAAUAAUCAAAUGUUUGUAUGUAUACGUCCAAACUGCAUAUGAAUAGACAUCCUACAUUGCAUUGCCACAGUUGCACACGCACCUUGAAUACAGCUUAACUUGAAAGGUUGAUGCCACCGAAACUGGUAGAACGCGUACAAAUUACGUGAAUGCCGGCGUGAGAACACGAAGACGUUAAAACGCACAAAACCGACGACGUAAACGGAAGAGCAAAAGUAAACUUAAUUAGAAAAAUUUGUCGCACGUCUUUACCUCAGUGAACUUCCCUUAUAGGAGUAAGAAGCUCUGGCACUGAAGCUGCACGUCUCUACUUCCGAUGUCAAGUCAAGGAUAAAUACAAUAAAAUUCCGAUUAAAAUAAAGCCGCCUGUCACUUCUAGCUGCAAAAGCAGCAUAAAAAAGAAAGCGAAAUAAUAGAACCGAGAGGACAACGUAGGAGGCGACCCGUCUGCUUGCGCGCUCUAAUGGUCAUGUAGACCAAUAAUCCACCAAAAUAGUAAUUCUUGCAACAAACUUUAACGCUAUUUAUAACAUCAGAGCUGUGAUACACCAAAAAAAAAAACAAGACAUCAAAAUGAAAAACACACACAAAAUCACGAAAGAAAGCAAAACUGAAUAAACAAAGGAAAGCAGAGGCCAAAUAAAGUGAAAUUGCAAGUAGAACAUAAAACCGUAAAAUACGCUCUUACAUAUUCAUAUAAAUGAUAUUCGAACAUACAUGUGUACGUGUGUGUGUGUCUGUUAUACUAGGUCAUAAGCAACAUUUGUUACGAGGCAACAGCGCAUAAAAAAGGCUCAUCACAGUAGAUUUUCUCUUAUGGCGCCACCGGCUGGGAAAAUUGUUUUUAAUACGGCAAAACGGCCCAACUAUCGCCUAUUGCCGUAAUAAGUAAUUUCGGGGGUAAACAACAACAGCACAGCAGUUGGCGUCGUGCUACGUCAGCGUUAAAGGACUUGGCAAGUCAUCGGUCUUAAAACCAUUCGUGGCGGGAUUUAAAAGCAAUAAAUGACGUGCGCCCAAUUGUCGUCAACUUUAUUUUGAAGCACUUGUCGGCUGCACGCUACAGGCAUAUGUUCAACUGAAUCCGCAUGGUUUUGGGUUUCGCAGGACAUACAUUUAUUUCGGCCAAGGUGCUGUGAAGAACGCAGCCAAUCGACAACAAAACGCUGACUGGCAGCUACCAACGAAAUAGGUUGGUCAACCCAAGCGUAAUUUAUAAAAACGAACUGCCAAACUCGGCAUACGCAGCCAAAUACCAAGCGGUCAUAACACUUACGCACAUUCCUUUGCAUUUUUUUAGCAUUCGUUUUGAAAACUAUUAACACGCACCCGAGCGCCCGGGAGGCGGUUCGCACGAAAUAUACAGACACACACAUGUGCUCAUAAGCUCACAGGACAAGCACACUCAUCGCGAUAUCAUUAAUUUAGAACGGAAUGGCAACGACAAUGUCUACAACACGCAAGGCAACUUCUAAAGCGACGGUGCGGAAGGAGGAAGUGAAACAUUCAAGUUCAUCGCUGUCAUCGUUAAUCACAUGUUUUAUAUCCUGUUUCAUCGUGGCUGUGAGUUCCCUUUGUCCGCCAACAGAAGGGGCGACGGCAAUUGCUGCGGCGACAGCGUCGGUAACAUCGACAGCAUCAGCAACAGCAGCAGCAGCAGCGGCAAUGACAGCUAAGGUAGCUACAGUGGGCGACGGUAGCGAAGACAGUACAACCACCAUUGCCGGUCAAGGUGGUAGUCGUUUGGGUGUUCUGAGUAGUGGUGCGGUUGGAGGCGACGGUGAUGGCAACGCUUUGAGCUGGGAUCAUGCCGUCGAUUUGAAUGAGGAUUUUCGCAUUUUAUGGACAAUCAUUAAUCAGGAUAUUACGUUCGAAAUACAAGCACGUACGCUGGGUUACGUUGGAUUUGGUUUCUCGCCCGAUGGCAGCCUCGCUGGCUCUGACAUCGCCAUCGGUUGGGUAGACAAGGGUCAAACAUAUUUUCAGGAUCGUCACAUAACUAGAAAUGUAAACACAGAGCCAAUUGUGGAUCCAUCUCAGGACUAUAUUCUUAUGUUGGGGUAUGAAAAUGCGACACAUACUGUCUUACGAUUUCGUCGAAAACUAGACACCUGCGACAAAUUGCACGACAUCUCUAUUACGAAUAACACUAUGCGAUUAAUUUAUAUGUAUCAUAGUCGCGACCCACCUCAUGGAUCAGUUCAACCUGGGACAUUACCUGAACCGGGCUCCGCUUUUCGGCCAUAUCAUCCAAUGGUUCUUACCCAAAGGGCAGAAAUUCAGUUUCGGAAAGAUGAUCAAACACGGCAAAUGGAGCUACGAAAUGAAGAUGUGGCGCUUCCAAGUGGAGAUAGCACAUUAUCCUGGUGCAAAAUGUUCAAGUUAGAGGAUAUCAAUCGAAAACACCACCUUAUUCGGUAUGAACCAAUAUAUGACUCGACGUCCAGUGUACAUUAUUUACAACAAAUUACGCUGUAUGAAUGCCAGGGAUCCCAGGCAGAGCUUGAGAAAAUGGCACGAGAGCAGGGACGACAAUGUAUAAGCAAUCGGGAUAUGCCUUUAGCCUGCAAUGCCAUUGUUGCAUCGUGGUCACGCGGUUCGGAGGGCUUUACAUUUCCGGAAGAUGCUGGCUACCCGAUCGAUUCUCAUGCUGCCAAAUACUAUCUUAUGGAAACUCACUACAACAAUUUGCAGCCCGAUAAUCUUCAAAGCUACAGUCGACAAAUGGCUGACAACUCCGGACUAAGGAUUUACUUCACCCAUGUAUUGCGUCCGAAUGACGCUGGCAUACUUUCAAUUGGUCUGGAUCCAAAUUGGCGACACAUAAUUCCACCCGGUCAAAGGGAAGUAAUCUCUGAAGGGCAGUGUAUUGAGGAUUGUACAGCCUACGCUUUUCCUGCUCAGGGCAUAAGCAUUUUUGCGGUGAUGAUGCGUACACACCAAAUCGGCAAAAAAGUUAAACUUCGGCAGAUUCGUCAGACUGAAGAACUUUUUCCAAUCGUAAUGGACACCAACAUCGACCCAACGUAUCAAGACUUUCGCCAUCUGCCUGCUCCCGUGCGGUCUCUGCCUGGUGAUCGACUUAUUGCUGAGUGUAUUUACGACAGCUCCACACGAAAAGCAAUUACCCUUGGUGGCCUGACUAUGAAAGAGGAGAGUUGUACGGUACUGACACUAUAUUACCCACGCCAAAAGGAACUUACUACAUGCCACUCCUUACCAAGUUUACCGACGGUGCUCCACUCCCUAGGCAUUGAGGAACUCGCCACUGAUUCCAAUCCUGUGCUGAUUUCUUCACCCCCGGAAUUGGCUGGCAUGACGCUGGAGGCACGAUUAAUAUCUUACGACUGGCAAAAUCAGUUCGAUGAGUUUCAAGAGGCAACUAGAAGUGGAUCUUUUAAGCCACUUUGUUGGGGCGCAAAAAAUCAUGUCAUUCCAGGCUCAGAGUACCUCGAAGGAUACAGCAUAAACAUAACAAAAACCUUUAAGCAACAUCAAUACUGUAAACCAAAGCAACGCUCAUUUGUCGCCGACAGUGUGGGGCAAACGGAUCUUGAGCUGCCGGUGCUUCAUGAAAUGGACAACAAUAAUAUCAUUGAAGGAGCGGCACGAAGUAGCCGCAGUUCAGCAGCCACCGAAACGCAAGGAUUAAGCAAAGCCGAAGACUAUAGUAGAAGUUUUGUGACAACUUUCUGGUAUGCGAGCGCUUUACUUAUUCUACAGUGGCACAACCGAUGGUCCCUAACUAGAAGCGCAUUUUAAGCGUUCGCAUUCCAAUACUUUCAUCUGUCCAGCCCCGCGACGCUGACGUCAUUACGUGUCCUCCACUCUACCCAAUCCUCAGAUGAAUUAUGUAGCUGCAUGAAUUUCUAAUUUUGUUACCCUAGUGUGUAGUAAGUUAUUGAUUAUUUUUACAAAAGUUUAUUGUCGAAUUGUAGACUUACGGAAACCAUAAGCGUAUUACGGCGUUAUUAGUUAAGUACACUCAUAACUACAUACAUACAUACCUACAUAAUAUAUAUACAUACAUACAUAAAUAAAAUAGCGAUAAUCAUACAAUACGCUAAAACCAUAAGCAUUAAAAAUCGGUGAGAUUUAAAUGGAAAGCAAUAAUUAGUUAUCGAAUACUUGUUUGUGACUCGAUAUUAUACAUUUAUACAGUACUCGUAUUUAGUGUGUAAAAUCGUUACUUUGCAUGUAGUAUUUUAAGAUGGUGCAAAUAUAAAUCUAAAUAACCAAAUACUUUACAUUA